CCUCUCCCACUGUGUUGCUCUCUUCCCCAUUUCGUUGCUUUGUUUUCAUUGUCGCUCUUUUGAUCAUGGCUGCUCAUUCUACCGAAGAACCCUUCCCCUUCCACGGGCUGCUCCCCAAAAAAGAAACCGGUGCCGCGUCCUAUCUCACCAGGUUCCCCGAGUACGAUGGGAGAGGUGUGCUCAUCGCUAUCCUCGACACCGGCGUGGAUCCCGGGGCCCCCGGCAUGCAGGUCACAACUGAGGGAAAACCAAAGAUCAUUGAUAUUAUUGAUACAACAGGCAGCGGUGACGUGAACAUGACUACAGCUGUGGAACCGAAAGAUGGGACAAUCACAGGCCUCUCCGGGAGAACACUCAAGAUUCCUCCUGCCUGGGUCAAUCCAUCAGGGAAGUAUCGCAUUGGAGUUAAAAAUGGCUAUGAGUUCUUCCCUAAGGCCCUUAAAGAAAGAAUACAGAAAGAGCGAAAGGAGAAGAUGUGGGACCCACCACACAGAGCAGCACUUGCUGAGGUCUGUCGCAAGACUGAAGAGUUUGACCUCUCACAUCCAUCACCCUCCCAGAUGGAAAAGUUGCAGAAGGAGGAGCUGCAGAGCCAGUCAGAGCUGUUAGCAUCUCUGGAGAAGAAGUACAGCGACCCUGGUCCUGUAUAUGACUGUGUGCUAUGGCAUGAUGGAGUCACAUGGAGGGCUGUAGUGGACACCUCAGAGUGUGGAGACCUUUGCCAGUGUACUGUACUGAGCUCCUACAGAGAGAACCAAGAGUAUGCCACGUUAGGAAAUGCUGAGAUGCUCAACUACUCUGUCAAUAUUUAUGACGAGGGAAACACACUCUGCAUCGUCACCAGCGGUGGUGCUCAUGGAACCCAUGUGGCAAGCAUUGCAGCAGGUUACUUCCCAGAGGAACCUGAGCGUAAUGGUGUCGCCCCUGGAGCCCAAAUCCUUGCUCUUAAGAUUGGAGACACCCGCCUUAGCACCAUGGAAACGGGCACAGGGCUCAUCCGGGCGAUGAUUGAAGUAAUCAACUACAAGUGUGACCUGGUUAACUAUAGCUAUGGGGAAGCCACCCACUGGCCCAAUUCAGGGAGGAUUUGUGAGGUGAUCACAGAGGCCGUGCAAAAGCACAAUGUGGUAUUUGUUUCAAGUGCAGGAAACAACGGCCCAUGUCUGUCCACGGUCGGCUGCCCUGGGGGAACUACCAGCAGUGUCAUUGGCGUUGGAGCCUAUGUGACCCCAGACAUGAUGGUGGCUGAAUAUUCCCUGAGGGAGAAGUUGCCUCCUAACCAGUACACAUGGUCAUCCAGGGGCCCGAGUACAGACGGAGCUUUGGGGGUCAGCAUCAGUGCCCCUGGUGGUGCCAUUGCAUCUGUUCCCAACUGGACACUUCGUGGUACCCAACUUAUGAAUGGCACAUCCAUGUCAUCCCCCAAUGCCUGUGGAGGCAUCGCACUUAUCAUCUCAGGACUGAAGCAGAACGGGAUCCGUCCCUCUGCUCCUGCAGUGAGGAGAGCUCUGGAAAACACAGCUCUGAAGGUUGAUGACAUUGAGGUGUUUGCACAGGGCCACGGAAUUAUUCAGGUGGACAGAGCGUUAGACUACCUCACUCAACACGCCUCAUUACCCACAAGCCACCUUGGUUUCUCAGUAACUGUGGGAACACAAAGAGGCAUCUACCUCAGGGACCCAUCUCAAGUUCUUGCACCCUCAGAUCAUGGUGUUGGAAUUGAACCUAUUUUCCCAGAAAACACAGGAAAUUCUGAGCGUAUCUCCUUGCAGCUACACUUGGCGCUGACAUGUGCUGCCCCCUGGGUCCAGUGUCCUUCCCAUUUAGAGCUGAUGAAUCAGUGUCGUCAUGUCAAUGUCCGCAUUGACCCCGUGGGACUGAGAGAGGGAGUCCACUACACAGAGGUGUGUGGGUAUGACACAGCAGCACCAAGUUGUGGCCCCCUGUUUAGAGUCCCCAUCACAGUCAUCGUCCCAGCUAAGGUGACAGACAGUCGCAAUCAGGAGAUAUGUUUCACAGAUGUCCACUUCAGACCAGGACAGAUCAGACGCCACUUUAUCACUGUACCUCAGGGAGCCUCCUGGGCAGAGAUCACGCUGACGUCUCAUUCAGGGGACGUGUCAUCAAAGUUUGUUCUUCAUGCGGUGCAUCUGGUCAAACAGAGAGCAUAUAGAGCUAACGAAUUCUACAAGUUCUCUUCACUAUUGGAAAGAGGCUCCUUAACUGAGGCCUUUCCUGUGCUGUCAGGUAGGAUAGUGGAGUUGUGUAUCGCACGUUGGUGGGCCAGUCUGGGUGACGUCACGGUGGACUACAGCAUCUCGUUCCAUGGUCUCAAUACAUCGCCGUCACCCGUGCAUAUACAUGCCUCAGAGGGAGUGACGAGUUUCGAUGUGACCUCGCCUCUGAGAUAUGAAGAGGUGUCCCCGACUAUCACCCUCAAGUCCUGGGUUCAGCCUCUCAGACCCUUAAGUUCCAAGAUAAAAGCCUUGGGUAUGAGGGAUGUUCUUCCCAAUAACAGACAACUCUACGAGAUCAUCCUCACCUACAGCUUUCACCAGCCCAAGAGUGGUGAGGUUACUCCCAGUUGCCCCAUGCUGUGUGAGCUGCUGUAUGAGUCUGAGUUUGACAGUCAGCUGUGGAUGCUGUUUGAUCAGAACAAGAGGCUGCUGGGCUCAGGGGACGCAUACCCACACCAGUAUUCACUGAAGCUGGAAAAGGGGGACUACACCGUGCGCCUGCAGGUCCGCCAUGAGCAGUCCAGCGAGCUAGAGCGUUUAAAGGACCUGCCGUUUGUUGUGUCACACCGUCUGUCCACUACCCUCAGUUUAGAUGUGUAUGAAACGCACCGUGCUGCCCUCAUGGCUAAGAAGAAGGCAAACUCUCUGACCUUGGCCCCAGGAGCCACACAGCCCUUCUACGUCACAGCCCUGCCAGACGACAAGAUCCCUAAAGGAACAAGUCCAGGAUGCUACCUUUCAGGCUCUCUCGUUGUCCCCAAGAGUGAAUAUGGCAAGAAAGCAGGGCAGGCCUCUGCAAAACGACAAGGAAAGUUUAAAAAGGAUAUUGUUCCAGUUGUCUACCACUUAAUACCUGCACCCAACAAAACAAAGAAUGGAGGGAAGGAGAAGGACAAGGAAGCAGACAAAGAGAAAGAUGUGAAGGAGGAGUUUGCCGAAGCCCUGAGAGACUUGAAAAUUCAAUGGAUGACAAAGCUGGACUCCAGCUCCCUUUACGAUGAACUGAUGGACAGCUACUCAGAGUACCUUCCACUGCAUGUUCAGAGGCUGCACCAGCUGGACUCUGAAAAGGAGCGUGUUAAACGACUUAGGGACGUGGUGUCUGCAGCCGAUAUUGUCAUGUCACGCAUCGACCAGACAGCGUUGGCUGUGUACCUCACCAUGAAGACAGACCCUCGACCUGAUGCAGCUUCUAUAAAAACUGACAUGGAGAAGCAGAAGUCAUCUCUGCUGGACGCUCUGUGUAGGAAAGGCUGUGCUCUGGCCGACCAGCUCCUGCUUCCCUCCGCCUCUCAGGACGGCGCCGCUGCCGUGGCCACGGCACAGGUUGCAGUAGAGGAGACUGGAGAUCAAGUGGCCAGCAGCUCCGAUGACGCUGUGCACGCUGUAGCGAAAGCCUUGUCAGAUACAUUUUGGGAGGUGCAGAAGUGGGCGGAGCUGACUGAUUCCAAGGUGCUGAUGUUUUCAUAUAAACAUGCUUUAGUGAACAAGAUGUACGGCAGAGCCUUAAAAUACGCCACAAAGAUGGGAGAGGAGAAGCCCAGCAAAGACAACAUGAAGAACUGCAUCCAGUUAAUGCGGCACCUCAGAUGGACGCACUGCGCUACCUUCAGUGACAACUGGCUUCCUGUCAUGUACCCUGCAGACUACACACCAUUCUAGGCACAUAACUCUUGACACCACACACAUGCAUGAGCAGCAUGGCCAUACAUGGUCCAUUACAUGGUAACAUGUCCCUCAGGGUCACAUGGGCUGUACAUCUGAGCAACCAGCUGCCUCCUGAGUGUUUUGUUAUUUUUUAAUUUUAGACAUAUUUGUAGGUGAUUACCAAAAUGAAGGCAAACUGAGUGUAGAUGAUACGAUCCACUGGAGACCUUAUAAGGCAAGGGAUCAUGUUCAUUCUGAGGAUAAGAAUUUCAAGUAGGUAGGAGAAGUAGGCACUGGGUUGUCAUCGUAUCACAUGACUGCCCAGGCCGCUCCUGUAAAUGCCAGCAAAUCAACAGUAAAUUCAGUUUCUCCAAUGUUUUAUUGAUGAAACUCUUGCCAAGGCCUACUGAUACUUAGUACUUUAUUCCUUUAUUUUGGUGUCAUCUACACAUUCGGAGGCUCUCAAAUCAAUCCCUCCUCAGCUGUUUGGACCCUACAUCACAUCAGUAACCUCAUUCUCUCAUGUAUAUAAUGUUCAAAGGCCUGUGUGGACUCUAGGGGUACACUCCAAGUCAUGAAAAAACUGUAAUGUGAUCUACUCACCUUAAAAAAAACAAUCUACCACAGAAAUUCUGAUAAGUGGCCAUUACGACGCCUCAGUGAGAGGACCAGAGGACUCGCUGCUGCAUGGUGUUUGGACAUAUGAAUGCAGACACUCAUGUAGUGUCCCUGAAUUAAAAGGGAGCCUCGGAUAGAAUUUCGCAUCUUUUUUCUUUUUGAUUGUUACAGCCAGAUUGGGUUGAUAUGUAAAGUUAAUGUGUAGUAAUGUCUGUCUUUUUAAGGCUCAGAAUCAAAAAAACUCCAAACACAAAACAGUGUUGAGGUGCCUUUCUACAUGUACCUUACCUUUUCUGAUGGGAGGAAAAGCUUUGCCACGGUUUUGAUUGUAUUCGUCUGCAGAAUCAGUAGCGUGUUAACAUCAGUCAACACCGAACCGCGUGCAGUCAUUCCACCCAUCAGCCUUUGCUUUCAGAUGUGAUUUCAAAGCUCACAUCAGCAGUAUGAUGUGUCCGUACACUGUAUGCAGGCCAUCAGUGACUUGUCAGGUGUGGGGAAGCCACUACCACACACUGUCAACUCCCAUCUGCACCCACAGGUGUUCGCCACCCACAUCAUACUGCUGAUGGGUUAAAAGAAAACAGUUACCUGAGCUGCACAUUUGACUCUUAACAGACCUCACUAACACAGAA